AUGGCUGCGGACAGUUCAUCUUCACGGCAAUCUACUGAUUCGAAGCAAGAGGAACAGCGUCCAAGAUCAGUUCAGGGCUCUGAAGAUGGCGAUGUCAAGCGAGAACCAGAGCAGCAAGAGCAGAAAAAACCAGUUCACGAGGAAGGAUGCGCGUUUGAGUUGUCAAAGCCGGCUUCGAGUACAUCGCCUUAG